CCGGUGCUACUGGGCCAGUGUACCAGUAUAGGGAUUUUUCUCUGGAAGUAGUUGAAUGUGUUUUGUUAUUUAGAUUACAGUAUGGGGGAGAGGAGGAAGGCAAAGGGGAAAAGGGCCCAACACUUAUCAAGACUAAGUAGGAUUCCUCUUCCAGACAGGAUUUUUUAUUUUUACGGGACAACUGAAAUUGGAUGAUGGCUCUUGAAAAUUGGUAAAACCAAGGAAUUGGAAGUGGUGUUCAGCCAGGAUUUGGUUGGGUUUGCACUGUUUGGUUAACUAGAAAGAUACUCAUUCUCUACCCAGCUAGUGAAAUAGGAAAGAUGGGAACUAAGUAAAGCUGGAUCUGCAGGAUUUUGGUACAGGUGCCAUUUUGAUGCCUUUGUUGUCUUGGAUGUAUCUAAUUGAGAUGCCUGGGGCUUGCACCCUGGGAGCAGCUAGUCUUGUUCUUUCUUCAAGCAGUGUCUAUUUGGGUGCAUACUGUCAGAACUGGUCCAGUUCAGUAGAAUUGGUUUGGAAGCACCCUGUAACCAGGAUGUGUGGCAUGCCCGCUUUUUAGCUCUAGGGGUGAGACUGGGGUCCAGUACUAUGUUCCCAACCAGAGUUUCACUGCGCUGGGGGCAGGGGCUGCCAGACUUUCCUUUGGUGGGGCAGUAGGUCCUCCCUGCUCCCCACACAGCGGGUAGAGUUGGAGGAAGCUGGGCCUGCAGGUGUUGACCUUCCCACCGCAGGAGCAAAGCUUGUGCUUGUGUAUGUCUGCACCCUAGGGCUUCAGCUCCCCCCAGAUCACUGGAACUUGAAGGCUUUGCUCCCUAGCAGUGCUUGUUGCCUGGUUUUCCUGACGGAGACUUAAGGAGUAAACAGACAGGAGUGUAAAGCCAGCUGGGGAUGCCCAGGCAAAACGGCGGCGUGUGAUGAGGACCGUGGGGGCAGCGGAGAUCGUGGUCCGUGGCCGGUUUCCAGGGGCAAGGCGGGCACACGUGAAGUGCUGCACCUCGCCUGAAAGCCCGGGCUGUGAGCGGCAGGGUUUGCCCCCCCGCCGCGGGCUGGAGCUCGGCUGGGCUCGGCUGCUCUGGCCCCGGAGCGGCCCCCCCGGUGCUAGAGGCAGAGGGAAAGUGCAUGUGCUACGGCAUCCUGCAGACGCCCCUUUCUGCCGUGCCCCCUCCCCCUCGGUGAGUGUGUGCCUCUCUCCAGUCUUAGCCUGACGCAGGCAGAUCGAAAUCACCUUUCACGCCCCAGCCUUCAGCGGAGUGGCGCCGCUGGGCUUCCCUUUCGGAUUAUGCCUCUAAUCCUCCUCCCGUAGCCGAGCGCGGAGCGCGGCCAAGUCGGCGCGGCGCAGGCUGCCGGCUGGAGGCUGGGGGCUGGGGGCGUGCUUCAGGGGCGAGCGGCAUUUGCCGGCCGCAGGUCGAUCCGGAGCGAUCGGCAAAGUUGGCCGAAGUGGGAGGCAGCGGCCACUUGGGGGAAAGUUGCCGGGAGCGCAGCGGACGAGCCAGGCUCCGAGGCAGGAGCCGCCGGGCCGAGGAGGAGCAUGGGCACUUUGCGGGAUUUACAGUACGCGCUGCAGGAGAAGAUCGAGGAGCUGAGGCAGCGGGAUGCUCUCAUCGACGAGCUGGAGCUGGAGUUGGAUCAGAAGGACGAGCUGAUCCAGAAGCUGCAGAACGAGCUGGACAAGUACCGCUCCGUGAUCCGGCCCGCCACGCAGCAGGCGCAGCAGCAGGGCUCCGGCACCUUGCAGGGCGAGCAGCGGACCAAGCGGCAGGCGAUCUCCGCCGAGCCCACCGCCUUUGACAUCCAGGACCUCAGCCAUGUCACCCUUCCCUUCUACCCCAAGAGCCCACAGUCCAAGGAACUAAUAAAGGAAGCAAUCCUUGACAAUGACUUCAUGAAGAAUCUAGAAAUAUCUCAGAUCCAGGAGAUUGUGGAUUGUAUGUAUCCAGUGGAAUAUGGCAAAGACAGUUGCAUCAUCAAAGAAGGAGAUGUGGGUUCACUGGUGUAUGUCAUGGAAGAUGGGAAGGUUGAAGUGACAAAAGAAGGUGUAAAGCUGUGCACCAUGGGACCUGGCAAAGUAUUUGGGGAGCUAGCCAUCCUUUACAAUUGCACCCGAACAGCAACUGUCAAAACUCUCGUAAAUGUGAAACUUUGGGCUAUUGAUCGGCAAUGUUUUCAAACAAUUAUGAUGAGGACAGGCCUCAUCAAGCAUACUGAAUAUAUGGAAUUUUUAAAAAGUGUUCCAACAUUCCAGAGCCUUCCUGAAGAAAUACUCAGUAAGCUUGCUGAUGUCCUUGAAGAGACGCACUAUGAAAGUGGAGAGUAUAUUAUUAGACAAGGUGCUCGAGGGGACACUUUCUUCAUAAUCAGCAAAGGAAAGGUAAACGUGACUCGUGAAGAGUCACCAAGUGAAGAUCCAAUCUUUCUCCGCACUUUGGGGAAAGGAGACUGGUUUGGAGAGAAAGCACUUCAAGGGGAAGAUGUCAGAACAGCCAAUGUCAUUGCUGCUGAAGCAGUAACUUGUCUUGUCAUCGACAGAGACUCUUUCAAGCAUUUGAUUGGAGGUCUGGACGAUGUUUCCAAUAAGGCUUAUGAAGAUGCAGAAGCAAAAGCAAAAUAUGAAGCCGAAGCUGCCUUCUUCGCCAACCUGAAACUGUCUGAUUUCAACAUCAUUGACACACUUGGAGUUGGAGGUUUUGGAAGAGUUGAACUGGUCCAGUUGAAAAGCGAUGAAUCCAAAACAUUUGCAAUGAAGAUACUGAAGAAGCGUCACAUAGUAGACACCAGACAGCAGGAGCACAUACGGUCAGAAAAACAGAUAAUGCAGAGUGCUCAUUCAGACUUCAUUGUGAGGCUAUAUAGGACAUUCAAGGACAGCAAAUAUUUAUACAUGUUGAUGGAAGCCUGUCUAGGUGGAGAGCUUUGGACAAUUCUCAGGGACAGAGGUUCAUUUGAAGAUUCUACAACCAGAUUUUAUACAGCAUGUGUGGUAGAAGCUUUUGCCUAUCUGCAUUCCAAAGGAAUUAUUUAUAGGGACCUCAAGCCAGAAAACCUCAUUCUAGAUCACAGAGGUUAUGCCAAACUGGUUGAUUUUGGCUUUGCAAAGAAAAUAGGAUUUGGAAAGAAAACAUGGACUUUUUGUGGAACUCCAGAAUAUGUAGCCCCAGAGAUCAUUCUGAACAAAGGUCACGACAUUUCAGCAGACUACUGGUCAUUGGGAAUCUUAAUGUAUGAACUCUUGACUGGCAGUCCACCUUUCUCAGGCCCAGACCCCAUGAAGACCUACAAUAUCAUACUAAGGGGGAUUGACAUGAUUGAAUUUCCAAAGAAGAUUGCCAAAAAUGCUGCUAAUUUAAUUAAAAAACUAUGCAGGGACAAUCCAUCAGAAAGAUUAGGAAACUUGAAAAAUGGUGUAAAAGAUAUCCAAAAGCACAAAUGGUUUGAGGGCUUUAACUGGGAAGGCUUAAGAAAAGGAACACUGACACCUCCUAUAAUACCAAGUGUUGCAUCUCCAACAGACACAAGCAAUUUUGACAGUUUCCCUGAGGACAAUGAUGAGCCACCACCUGAUGACAACUCAGGAUGGGACAUAGAUUUUUAAUGUAUUUCUCUUACCUGCUUCUGCCUUGCUGAAGACAGCUUCCUGAGACAUAGCUGCCAGCAAAACUGAAGGAAUUGGGGAGGAUCAGUGCUCGGGGUCACCAUGAUGCCUUGAUUGAUGCUGCUACAGUAACUACAGUGGCAUUAGGACUUAUUGCUUAGAUGACAAUAGUGCUCUUCACACAUUUUAUGUUUGAACUUAAAAUAGCAGUUGACAUGGUGGUCCUGAAGCAAAGCCUUUUCACUGGUACAGAAAUAUGUUUUCUAUCACUGCAAUGAUCUUGAUAUGCUCUAAUUAUAAUUUGAAAGAUAACUAGUGUAAGGUACACUUAAUUCUAGCUGCAAGGUACUGGCUUUAUCAGUAGGAUCAAAUGAUAAUGUAUGAGGUACUAAAGAUAUCUAUGGUACAAUAUCUGGGGUAUUCCCACACUUCAAAGUGAAUAUAUAGGGUCUUUUACUGCAGGCCAGUGUAUAUACAAAGGAGGACCACAAAACUACUGGUCAAAUGGUUCAUGUCAAAACAGUGCUAAAAGUUGUUCUUUUUUCAAGCAGUAUUCAUGACAAGACUGAAUGUUUUACCUUUCCUUUUUCUUUUGGACAGAUUUUUUAAAUUGAUCUAACAAAAGCACAACUGCUAUAGGUUCUGUCAAGGCUGGUCUGGGUUGGUUCUCGUGUGACUGAGAACGUGAUGUAACUAAUGGUAUUUUUUCUUUUGGUAAAAAUGCAUAAUUGCAUGAAAAAAUCAUAAAGUUAUUAAUUUUACAUGUAAGAAAUAAAUUGUGCUUAAAUAAUGGUCCUAGGAAUAAAAUGACGGCAGCCAACUGGUCUUAUUAAUUAUGUACAAGACAGUAAAAAUUAGCUUAAAAUAACUUACUUUGUUGGAACCCAAAGGGAAAAAUACAAGUCCUGUAAUAUACUUUAUAGGUGCUAUGUACAUCUUUCAUCUGUGAAUCUAAAUGUUCAACCAUCAACAACCAUUUCAGAAAUAUGUAGCAAGAGACAUCACUUUCAGUGAUGAUCUUAGAACAGAGAACCCUUUAAAUCUCCUCUUUGGCAUCUCCUCCAUAUUUAUUCUGCAGUAUUUGAGAAUCACAAUAUUCUUAUUUUUUCUUUAAGAAAUGAUGAUACUGGGGCCAGCUUGCAGGUAACCUAGCUGUAUUUUUAUUACUACAUCUCAAAAAUGUAACUUAGUGAUUUCCAUCAUGACAGCAUUAUCACAGUGAGUUUAAUAGGCUCGGAUACAGCAUGAAAUUCAAAUGUCAUUCUAGUGUAAAUUGGGAGAAACUCCAUGGAUAUCAGUGGAGUUACUAAGUGAAAACUAAAUAUGAGACCGAUAUAGAUCCACUGCGUGAGACUUAGUGAUGUCUGAACUUGCAAUCUGCAGAUGCUCCAUCAUUAAGUUGAAACAUUAAAAUGGCAAGAGUUAGAUCACUUCAAACUAUUAUGAAAGAGGUGGGAAACAGAUAUUUUGACCUAAAUUCUUCUCUCACUUCCACUGCGUUUAUAACAAUAUAAUUCCAUUGACUUCAGUAGAGUCACUCAUGAUUAAAUUGGUGUAAGUGAGAUGAGAAUCAGAUCCUAUUUGCCUACUAAUCAUGUGUGUUAAACCAAAUGCCAAUGUAUUCCUUCAUACCUAUAAGAAGCAUUUUUGUUACAAUAUUUGUAAUAUAUUUUAGCAGGAUCUCAUUGUGUUUGUGCUUCAUAUUUCUUUACACUAUGUUAUGAAUCAUGAUGUCAAAAGUUGUGACUCAAUGUAUAAUCUGACACCAUGUUACUACAGUAGAAACCAUUAAGAGCUCAAUGUUUGCUAAUCUGUCACAUAGGUAAAAUGGAUAUUUCUUGUUCUAAAUUCUAAAAGGAAGGUAGUGAUAUUCCCAAAAGGCACUGUAGUAACUCUUGGCAAAUGCUAUUUUUAAAAUGGUGGUCACUGUAUGUUUCUGAAUGCAUAGACAAUUUAAAUACAGACAUGAUUUUUGGAAACAUAGGAAUUGAGGGUCAGAUCUUUCUCCACUGAAAUCAAUGGAAGUUUUGUCAUUGAUUUCAAAAGGAAUGGGACUGUAAUGAAGAUAAGUUUUAGGCUUUUUUCAAGUAAUUCAGAUUUUUGUCUUUACCUGUAAAUACAGGAGAAGCAAAUAAGUCAUUCCACUAAUCAUAAAUCCCUUAUUACUACAUUUUUUCCAGAUUUUCAUAUCCAUAAUGACUUAUAUAGGUUUAAUAGAGCAUUUAAGAUAUUGUCAAAUAAGCAGAAUAAAUAUAUCAACAACAUGUCAACAGUUUGCCAGCAAACUAGAGCGCCUCACUUACUGUAUGUCCCUUUAACUUCAGUCUGUUUCAUUGAUUUUUCUUUUUACAGUUAUAGAGAAGGAUGAGGCAACAUCAUCAGCACAAUGUAACUUCAGGUUAUUUCUGCUAUUCAUUAAUCAUGUAUGGCAUUGCAUUGAUAUUUGUACACCUUGAAGCAAUCAUAGAAAAAUAAUUACUACAUAUACCAGGAACUACUUGUAUACAAGUAUAACAUAUACUUAAUUUUAAACAUUUAACUUAAGGAUUUAAAUACUGUCUGACACCAGACAUUAGAUACUAGGGCUAAAACAAUCACAUAGUCAUCUUAGUAAAGAAGAAAAAGGUUAAUUUCUGCAUUAGAGCUGACUUUUUUUCCCAUUACUCCCUAUUUUCUGACAUUGAAUGAAGUGACUAUGUUGGACAAUGAAACUUGUUUAAUUUGUUAACUGACUUUCUUGUUAUACACAAGCAGGUGAACAGGAUGUUGCUCUCUGUCUCUAUUAUAACUAUUUGUUUUGAUUAGUACUUGAGAUUCAAUCAUCAGUUCUGAAAAACUGAAGAAUUCCCAAGAAAAAAAAGUUUCACAAUAUUUUUUGGGUGAACUGAAAACAUUACAUGGAAGAAUGUUAUAAAAUUAGCUUGUUGGUUUUUUUGUUUGUUCUUAUUAGUUUUGUCUUUGUGCCACAAACAAUAAUACCUGAAUCAUGUGGCAUGCACUGUAUUAAUACAAUUUUUUUAUGAUAGAGAACACCUUAAAUGCUCAUUAUCUUUACCAAGUGUAUUUUAAAUAAUUUAACUUGCAUAAGUAUAUUAAUAAACCAUUCUUUUAUAAAUAAUAUAUUUGAUUUACAUAUAUAUUCACCUAUUUUGAUUGCAUCUGUUUCCAUUUACUGUUUCUUAUUCUUUGUCUACUAUUUAAUAUAUUGGAAGAUGCUGUAUUUACAUAAGAAGAAAUCAGCUACCAUAUUUAAAACAAGUGUGUUAGGAUUGGUUUCAUAAGAUACAGGUGAUCUGUAGCUUAUUACAGUGCUACAUUAUCCAUAGUAAACUCUUAUUUAACAAUAGGACCACAGCAAAUAUUUAUGUAAAUAGAUAUUUUCGUGUUGAUAUUUUGUGGUACACAUAUAACUUUUUAUUUAGAGUUCCAUGGCAUUAUUUACUUCAUUUUCUUAUUUGUAAUGUAAUGUUUUUAGAUCAAGUAGACUUGAAUUAAUGUCAUAAUUGUCAGUAUUAUUGGAUUUUUAUGCAACUGUACUGUUAUUCAUCUGUCCCAUAGUUUAGAACAUGACCUAACUAUUUGGCAUUGUUGCAAGUGCCUUAAAUCCAUGGCAUCCUAUAAAAAUACAAAUUUGGUGUUAUGCUGCAUGACAAAGACAAACACACCUCAAAAUGUUGUCCUUUCUUAGCUUGCUGCGUUUUACAGUUCUUUCUGCUAACAAUUUAUAAGCCUUUAUUAUAUAAUAUUGAUGAAUUACAGAAAUGAUGAAGUUGUUCUCUUAUUUCUGUUAAAUGUACCAGAGCUGUGUAUCUGUUAAUGAGAUACAGCGUCAUUUCUGUGAAAUGUAUAAAUGUAUGUGCAGGUCAAAUUAAUAUAUGACAUACUAUCAGUCUGUAUACAGGUAUUCCUGUUUUGCUAAGCUGUGCAGAUUUAAAGUAUAGUGCAGUAAAGUUCUAACAUAUCAUAUUUUAUAAACUCAUUACAAGUAUUCCACACAGAGAAAUGAUUGGCAAUUAACUGUAAUUUACACCAAACAAAACUGCAUCUUACCAUGAAACCAAUGACUAUGAAAAGGAGUAUCUUGUUGCACCACUCAACAAAACAGGAUCAGUGCUUUCUAUAAGUCCUUGUAUAUGCAAAUUGUUUCUGAGGCAAGCUCUUUUAACACACCUGGAAACCUAAACAUUGAAAGUGUGUUAUUAGUUCUCUUCUGUAACUGUCCACUACAAACAGAUAUAGUACUGAGACUCUGACAAUUUCUCAAAUGUUUCAGGCUUUCCUAGCAAAGGGAAAUUUCAUUCAGAGUUGCCUACCAUACUGAUUCCAAUGUAUGCUGUUUUUACACUGGUCAUUUCUUUUGUAUUCUUAUGGUUAUAUUUCUCUAGUUUUCUUUUUACAAUGGAUUCUACAUGAAAGAGGGUUUUUUGUUUGUCAAAGUAUGUCCAUCAUAAAAUGGUCGGUGACCAGUUGCACUCUUUUGAUGUAGAUUUAAGAAUUUUUUUUCAUAACUGCUUUUGUUUUGCUCUGUAUUUUCCCUGCAGCUGUAAUUGCCGAGUGCCUGUUGUAUACUUUAUAGAGUUGAAAUAAAAAUAAUUACUUUUGAA